AUGACAGGUGACACACACCGCAAGAUCUGUCAGCCCCUCCACCCCGCCAUUCGUGACAGUCUAGAUCCCCAAUAUGUCGCCUAUCAUGAGGCGCAUCUGCAGUAUAUCGAAAGAGAUGAGAUCAAUAGCUGGGACGGCUCAAUACGUACCAAGAAACAUUCUCUCCCUCCUGGAGGAACAAAACCUAUUCCCGUAGGGAGCACCAGUGACCAUGACGUUGCUAGAUUCCGAGUGAGAGUUUACACACCAACAGGCCAAUGUGAUGACCGAGGCUGGCCUGUCCUCGUCUGGUUUCACGGUGGUGGCUGGGCCGUUGGAGGACUCAACAAUGGCACCGAUCUUUGCUGCUGGGCUUGUGAGAGAGCGCGGUGUAUAGUCGUCAGCGUAGACUAUGGACUGGCCCCCGAAUGCCCAUUCCCUGCUGCAGUCGAGGAUGCAAUUGACGCCGUGAGAUGGGUGGCAUCUCGUCCAAUUGAACUACAAAAGAUAGACACUUCCCGUAUUUCCAUCAGCGGAACAUCAUCUGGUGCUAAUCUGGCGAUUGUCGCUGCAUUAUCUGCAUCGAACCCAGAAGUCCCUUUACCGACAGCUCAGCCUUCAUUCCCAAACACUAUUACACAUCCUCCUAUAUCAUUGAUCCUAUUCAUACCAGUUGUCGACAAUACUGCCACAGCUGAAGGGGUAUGGAGGCCCAAUGCCGAAACUGCACCUUGGCUUACACCUGCACGAAUGGAGUAUUAUCGUAAGCUUUACUUUACUCAUGAUCAUCACCGCUCUCAAUGGGACGCGAGCCCUAACCUCGCCCCCGAAUCUCUCUUGAGAAGGCUUCCAAAGACGUGGAUAGCUGUUGCAGAGAUGGAUAUUCUCGCACCAGAGGCACUGGCUUUUGGAGAGCAGUUGAGAGGGUUGGGAGUUGACGUGGAAACCUUGCUGGUGAAAGGCGGGACACAUUCUAUUCUUUCGCUUCAUGGUGUGAUUGAUAAGGGCUAUAAGAUGAUAGAAGAUGCUGUCAGACACCUACAAGUGACUUUUGGGACGGGCUAA